AUGGUUAAGUUAACUAAAUUACAAAUAAUUCUAAUACCAAAAGAAUAUGCACCAUUACCAAUAGAAGAUAUUAAUAGUAUUAUAUCAAAAAAAUUUCUUCAUUUAACAAAUCCAGUUAAAUCAAUACAAAGUUUACAUGAAGAAGUAUCAACAAGAUACAAAAAAUUAUAUCCAAAAGAACCAGAAUUAAAAAUUAUGAAUUUCCAAGAUCAAAAUUUAUGUGAUUUAGAUGAUGAAUAUACAAUUGAAGAUGUAUUUGAAAAUAAUGAUAUAGUAAGAGUUAUAGUUGAUAAUUUUUUUAAUGAUAAUAUUGAAUUUGAUUUUCACCAAAAGAGAUCCCAUGAAGAAAUGCAACGUAUUGAACAUAAUGUAACGCCGACUAAAGAACAACUAAACAGAAGUACAUCACCAGUUUCUUUAGCUCCACCACCUUCAAUUUCACUGAAUAAAAUCCCCAAAAAGAAAUUAAAUGAAACUCCAGGUGCUAUGUCAAGAGUUAGAAUUACUUCAGGUAUGCUUGAAAAACCUCCAAAUGAUACUGAUGACUUCAAUAAUAAUGGGAAUACAAAUAAUUUUGAAAAUCGUGAUGAUAUGGAUUUAGAUGUUGUAUCAAAUGAUGAUGGUUCAGAUGAAUCAGAUGAUGAUAAUAUUCCAAUUUCACAAGUUGUAAGCAAUUCCAAUUCACAAAGAAUUUCAAAAUCAGCUAUUUUGGAUAUGUAUAAAAGUAGAGCAAAUGAAAUACCUCCUGCUCAUGCUCAUGAUGAAGUGUUGAAAAAUUUAGGAAUUGAUACAAUUGAAGGGAAUCCAUUAUUAGGUGAUAAUAAAAAAAGAACAGCUGGUUUAGAAGCAGCUUCAAAAAUUAGUAAUAAUAAUAAUUUUAAAAAACCAAAUUCAACACCACAAUCUAAAUCAGCUACAACUUCAGCAACUUCGUCAACUAAAAAAGCUACUCCAACUCCAAAACAACAAAAACCACUUGCACAAACUCAACCAAAUGUAGCACCAGCAGGUUCUAAAAUCACUACAACAAGUCCUCCAACCAUUACAAAAAAACCACCUACAUUAACGGGUAAUGAAUCAGUACAAGCUUUAAAACCAAAAGAAGAAACAAUAUAUGAUGAAGAUAAAACAAUGAAUUUACUUGAAAGUAUAAAAGUUAGUUUGAAUCAUUUUGAAGAUCAACUUUUAAUAUAUAAGAAAAAAGACGCAGAUGGUUAUUUUAAAUUACCUAAAUAUUUUGCUUUAAGUCCAUAUCAUAAUUCAAAAGCUUAUACUGAUCCAAUUAUAGAUUGUCGUUUAAAUUUAAGUGAUGAAGCAAAUUAUGAAGGUCCUUUACCAUACAAGUUAAAAACAAGAUCAACUGCUCAUAAUCAUAAAUUAUUUACUUCAUCAAUUCCUUCACUUCUAAAAGAUGAACCAAUAAAUACUCCUCCGAAAUUUCAAUCACCUCCAGCACCACAAAAACAACAACCACAAAAACAGCAACCACCAAAACAACAACCACCAAAACAACAGCCACAAAAGCAAACCCCAACCACCACCAAAUCAACUACUACCACUGCCAAAUCUCAACAGCAAGCAUCAACUCCAAAACCAAAAACACCAGCCAAAUCAAAUAUUGAAAGCAGUCAUCGUCCAAUUACUAGAUCUGAUACAAAUAAAAAUACACCAAAACCUCCAACUUUACGUACAUCAUCACGUCCAACAUCACGUCCGACUCAACCAACUCGUCAACAACCAAAGCCAAAACGCGCAUCUCCACCAGCUCGUCAACAACCAAAACCAAAACGCCUUAUUGAUACUUAUAGUGAUACAGAAGUAAUUGAAAUUUCAUCAUCACCAGAAACUGACUCAGAAGAAGAAGAAGAAGUUGAAAUAAGACAACCUAAAAGAAGAUCAAGUGGUUCAAAAGCAGCAAAUAACAAACCAAAUGGUGUAUCUUCAAGAAAAAAUUCAACAACUCCUAAAAAUGUUGCAGCUAAAGAUAAUAAAAUAACAACAAGAAGUCAAUUUAAAAUAACAACUCCAAAAAAUUUCACCAAAAAUAAUGGUAACUCAAGAUCUCCUACAAGUCCAAAAGAUUCAAUGAAAUCAAAGUUUCAAGAAAUUGCAGCAUUAUUUAUUGGUUCACAAGAUCUGUCACCACAAGGAAAAAAAAACAAAGAUUAUGAUGGAGAUGAUGAAAAUGAAAAUGAUGAACCAUCACAACAACCACAACAACAACAAACUAAUUUUGCUUCGAUGUUUAGUAAUCCUAAAAAGACAACUUUUGAUGUCGUUAACCUGAUGUUUGGUGGUGUAGAUAAAACCAAUGAAAAUAAUGAAAAUUUGGAAUCUCCAUUUGGUACAUCAACUGAUCCUGCUCUGUUGAGUAAAAAUAAUGGAAGUACAGCUGCUUUUGGUGUUGGUAACUCAUUCGGUAAACCCGAAACAACAACUACUACAUCGACAACAGAUCAAAAUGGGAGAUCUUAUAAUUCACCACCUCCAACCACCAUAUCAAAUGAAGUAUUAUUGGAAAGUCCAGUCCCAUCAAGUGGUCAUGGUAGUUUACAAUUAUAUGCAAAUAAAGAUGGUGAAGCUCCAUUAUCUUCUUCUGGUUCAAGUGAUGUAGAAUCAGUGAUUGAAGGAGAUGAUGAUGAAGAUGAUGGACAAGAAGAAGACUCGGCAACAAAUAAUCAAAAGAAAAGAUUAGUUGCUUCUAUUCCACAAAAGAGAAAUUCACCAGCUCCCAUAAAUUUACAAACUAGUAAUUUACUUCCAACAAAUUCCCCAUUUGCAAAUUUUGAAAAUUCAUCAAGUUUAUCAAAUAAUGUAACUACUGCAACAACUAUAGAAACAUCAGCUUCAUCAACUGCAAAAGAAAAAGAAGAUCAACCAAUAGUUACACCAUUGAGAAAACCACUUUUACCUUCAUUAUUAGAAUUGGGGAGUAGAGGAGUUCCAGAAGUUAAAGAAAUUGAAGAAACUACAACUACAACUACAACUACAAAAAAGGGUUUAAUCAACCAGGAUGAAUCAUUAAGUUCUGAAGAAGAAAGUUCAAGUGGGUCUAGUUCAAGUGAUGAAGAUGAAGAUGAUGGAAAUAAAAGAUUAUUUUUAUAA